CCAUCCCGCCUCGCUCAGGGUCGCAGUUGUCUUCGGAGUUGCCUGAUCGGAAAGUCUCGACGGCAAGGCGUUACCUUCGGGGCUCCUAGCUCCCCUGGCCAUCAGGGAUGAAGGCAAGGCCCCGGGGCGGGUCUUCUUUCCUUGGAAGUGGGUACUCAGUUCUGAAGCGUUUCCCCCUCGGCGGCCCUGAGCUGGCAGUUCUGGCGGUGGCUGCUGGGCCCUGCGGUGCGCCGGUCGCAUGCAGCUCCUAUGAGGCCCCUGUCGCCAGUCGGCGAUGUCCGGCUGGACCUGUCGCCGCCGCCGCCGCUGCCGGCUGUGAGCGGGUCUCCGGUCGUGUCGUCCGGGCGUCUCAUGGCCGCUAGCAGCUCUCUGGUGCCUGACCGGCUGCGCCUGCCGCUCUGCUUCCUCGGCGUCUUUGUCUGCUAUUUCUACUAUGGGAUCCUGCAGGAAAAGAUAACAAGAGGAAAGUAUGGGGAGGGAGCCAAGCAGGAGACGUUCACUUUUGCCUUAACUUUGGUCUUCAUCCAGUGUGUGAUCAAUGCUGUGUUUGCCAAGAUCUUGAUCCAGUUUUUUGACACUGCCAGGGUGGAUCGUACUCGGAGCUGGCUCUAUGCUGCCUGUUCUGUCUCCUAUUUGGGUGCCAUGGUCUCCAGCAACUCAGCACUACAGUUUGUCAACUACCCAACCCAGGUCCUUGGUAAAUCCUGCAAGCCAAUCCCAGUCAUGCUCCUUGGAGUGACCCUUUUGAGGAAGAAGUACCCAAUGGCCAAGUACCUGUGUGUGUUGCUAAUUGUGGCCGGAGUGGCCCUUUUCAUGUACAAACCCAAGAAAGUAGUUGGGACAGAAGAACACACAGUUGGCCAUGGAGAGCUGCUCCUGCUCUUAUCUCUCACCCUGGAUGGACUGACAGGCGUUUCCCAGGACCACAUGCGGGCUCACUACCAAACAGGCUCCAACCACAUGAUGUUGAACAUCAACCUUUGGUCGACCUUGAUGCUGGGAGCUGGAAUCCUAUUCACUGGGGAGCUCUGGGAGUUCUUGAGCUUUGCCGAAAGGUACCCUACCGUCAUCUAUAACAUCCUGCUCUUUGGCCUGACCAGUGCCCUGGGCCAGAGCUUCAUCUUCAUGACAGUUGUGUAUUUUGGUCCCCUGACCUGCUCCAUCAUCACCACAACUCGAAAGUUCUUCACCAUUUUGGCCUCUGUGAUCCUCUUCGCCAACCCUAUCAGCCCCAUGCAGUGGGUGGGCACUGUGCUCGUGUUCUUGGGUCUAGGUCUCGAUGCCAAGUUUGGGAAAGGAGCCAAGAAGACAUCCCACUAGGAAGAGGGACUACCUCCACUCCAAGGAUAUUUAAGUUAUUAUCGUGAACAGUGACAUCUCUUGGGAACAUGGACACGCUAGAGAUACAGGACUAGGUUUCAGUCUGGGGUUUUUGUUUGUUUGUUUUUUGUUUUUUAAAGGAAACAGAAUCCCAUAUUCUAAAAAAAUGCAUUUGGAUUUUGAUAA